AUCCCUCCUAAAACGUCAGAUCCUAAACUAGACCGCCAUUUUUUCUUCAACAGGAAGGCGACAAAGCGGAAUCACAUUUAUUUUCGUUCGCAGUACUGACCCAUCCUGUGAUCACCAUGUAACCAGUACCGACCCAUCCUCUGGUUUAUUGAAACCAGUACCAACCCAUCCUCUGGUUUAUUGUAGCCAGUACCAACCCAUCCUCUGGGACUCCAUUGAAGACUGGCUCUCUCUUGACUGGGCCUAGACAAGUGGGUUUCACACCGUGGUUUGCGCAACAAAUAAGUGGAUUGAAUCAGAAUUCCUCUCCCGUAGGUCCUGGAUCCAAUGUGGUCGUCCACAUCUAUCUGAUUUACGGGCAAAUGAGUUGACUUCCACGGAAAAAUUAUGUAUCAACUCCCAGUGGAAAAUAUUGAGAAGAUCCGCAAGUCACGGAGGAAAGUGAAGAACAUUCUGAGUGAACUGGGCCUUGAGGACUGCCAGAAGCUUCUCAAGGAUCUCCGUGAAAAGUCUGAGGAGAACUUGGAGGACGAAGAGGCCUUUGAGAACACGGAAUGGGAAGAUUUCACGGAGGAGGACACUUACACAAAGAAAAAGUGGCCAUAUCGUUCCCAGAUACUGUGCUGUGCAUUGUGCAAGUAUUCUACAAAAAAUAUUUUCACCUUCAAGGGCCAUGUGUCGCGGUGCCACCACUAUGAGUACUCAGCAUGUGCCCUGGAGGCUUGCUCCGACUGCCACUACGUCGGCCACGCCAGGGCUCUCAGGAAACACGUGAGGUUCUUCCACACCUCCCCUAGCAGCCUCUCUUCACCCAACACGGCCACCAGAGAAUGGCCUCAAUCGUCACAGAAGGAGAAGUAUCUCUGUCGGAGAUGUGGGUACCCGAGCUCUUCCCUCACCGCCAUCAAGAAGCACGUCAUUCUCCGGCACCUCGAGAGCUUAGCCCAGCAGUUCAUCGGCUACAAAAUGCAACCAUAUGGGAAGAUCUACAUUUGCAAGAUAUGCAAGUUGAACAUGGGAACUCUGGAUCAGAUGCUUCAUCACAUGUUGACGGAGCCAGUGCACACCUGGGUCAACUCACAGGUGCAAAAGUUGAUCAGUGAAAACAAGAGUUCUAUCCAACCGCCUAAUGGUACCGGCAUGUACUUAACAUUCCCAAACAUCGCUCCUAAAUCUCAGACUCUUAGUAACAGACCUGUACUUGUUCCCAACAUUGGCCAACAUGGACAGAGAGUGGUAGCCUUGCAACAAGUUCAUGGGACUGCUAACGGCACUACAUUGAUACGCACGCCUGGAACCAACCAGUCCUAUCUAUCUCCCCAGGCAUCAGCUCUAGUUCAGCUAGCCCGUGCUGAGACUAAAGAUUUGCUCCCACCUGGGACCUCUGUAGCCCUCCAAGGGUCGACGUCAGCCUCUGUCCAACAGGCACCGCUGUCCCUAGCUCCAGCCCAAGUGCAGUCGCUCCAGAACCUACAAGCCCAUCAAAUGCUUCUGCCCAAGAGCCACUUGACAGGAACAGUGGGUGUGGCCCAAAAGGAGUCAAAAGACCAAACGACCCCACAGGGUACCAUGAUGACUUCCCAGUCAUUACUCACUCACUUGAUUCCCACCGGCAACAGGAUAAAUGGUUUACCUACAUACACGUUUGCGCCACCUAGCAUGAACACUCCUCUCAAGCCAGUGGUGUCAGCUAACAACUCACCUCAGCAAACUAAGAAGUGGAUCACCUGCCCACAUUGCAAUGAACUCUUCCCCUCGAAUGUCUAUGAGAUGCACAUGGAGAUCGCCCACAGGACUAAAUCCAUCACAGCAAACUGUGAAAGUGUGGCUGUCAGGGCGCCCUUCCUUAAGAAAAUGCCAGACAAAACUGUGAAAUGCCUCAUGUGCAAGAUUCUUCUUUCAGAACAGGGUGUCAUCCAGCACCUUCUACAUGGCCUGAACUGUUUGUACUGCUCAGCUUUGUUCUUCUCGCUCACACAGCUCAUCGACCAUCUGAAGGAGCAGCACCCAAAAACAACUGCCAACUGUGACUUGCUGAGACGAGAGUACCGGGUGUACACGGACCGUUCAGGGCAAAUCAUGUUCCCUUACUUUGAUAUUACCACUACAGCACCGAAGGACCUCCUGGGGGACAUGGAGAUCAACCUUGUCCUGGUUACCAGUGCUCUGGACCUUAUCUUUUUGAAAAUGCUGCCCAGUAGCACCCAUCCAGACAUCUGCCAAGCUUCUGUGAAAAUCAGCAGUGCAUGCUGCCCCUUCUGCUAUGAAAAGUUUCAGAACCCAGCCAAGCACCUUCAGCAUUUGAAACAAAAGCACUUUGUGGCACCGACCGUCCAUGCUAUACUUAAGACUGAGGCCUUCAAGUGUGUAUACUGCAAUGGAGUGUACACAGGGAAGCUGACGCAGCAGGCUGUAAUGCUGCACUUACAGCGGUGCCGUUCUUCACCAAAGAGGGUGCCAGAACCUCUGAGAAUCUCUGCCGGAAAUCAGGUGCCUGCUGGUGGUAUGGCCAUGCUUCAGCCUGUACCGACACAGAAUGAACUGCCAAAGUUAUUCUUGCAGAUCCCACAACAGAUUCACAUGAAGCAAGUGCAAGCAUUUACACCUGCCAAACCACAAGCACCUCUGACACCUGCUCCUACCGUCGACACUCCAGAGACUAGUGAAGAGCAGCUCAGCACGAGGCGGCUGGAGGAGGCUUGGAGGCAGGUGGUGGAGACCAACCAGCGGGAGCGAGAACAAAUGGCCGAAAAGUGCAAAAGGCGGCGAGAAGAGAAGAUGGCGGCACGGAUGCUCCCACCGUCUGCGAGCUCAGGCGUGAAGUUAUUGUUGGAGCCGACUGUCUUGGAAGUCCAAGUGCCCUGGGAGCGCAAACAGUUCAUUUUCCGAUACUUUAACGUAAACCCUUACAUCACCAAAGGCGAGUCGGAGGAGUUGUGCAAAAGGCUGAACCUCAACAAAUCCGAGUUGGGUGCCUAUUUUGGGAAUAGACGCACAAGGUGCUUGAAGAGCCUCAAGAGAACCACUGCCAAGGUGCUACUGGGUUUCAAGAUGACUGAACUGAGGAAGGUCAAGCACAACCUGCUCAUCCCCAAAAGUCAUCCAGUGAAUCCAGUGGAGAAGCUCAUAGAGAUGGGGCCCCGGACCAGACCCAGAACCUCUGGGCCAGGCACUGACAUGGAUCGGAGUGAUGCAGGUCUACCAUCACAAAAAAAGGCAGAAUCCAACCUUACCCAUGAAACAAAAGCGGCCGUCACUGGCGAGGUAGACGAAAUGGAGACCUAAGGAACUGGUUACUUCGCAUUUAUGUGGGAGCACAUGCGGUUUGUUUCCUGACAUCUCUGAGUGUGGUGUCUUUGGAGUUGCCUUCUCAGACUCCGAUAAUAAGGAUCGUAUAUUUAAUUGGUUUUAAGUGAAGCGCUGUACUGUUAAGGAAAAAUACAGAAUAGACCAUGUCUAUCCGGUAUAAUGUAGUUAAUGUUAUGACUAUGAUACCUUCAGCUUGGCCUGAAGGUAAUCUUCAUGUGAACUUUGAAAAAAUAUACUGAAGAUGACAUUUACAUUAUGCUUACACCUUCUACAAUCACAAAUUUAUGGUCUUUUUCUUUCUCCCAUUAGUGUGUUCUAAACUCUUUGUUCAAUAUUGUUUGUGUAUAAAACCAUUCUUACUGCCCUCAGUUACAGCUUUGUUCAUCCAAUUCACUUUCUCUAAUUGAAGCGCAAUUAAUGUACAGAUCGUUACCUUAAAACACAAUACUAUUACCUAAUUCACGUGAGGUAAGCGUCUGUUUUUUUGGCAGACUAGGUAGUUUGCAUGUGCUUUUUGUAUGAUGCGGUCUAUAAAAAAAAUAAAACAAAAUAAGUUUGCCGUUUUGACAUUAGCCCAACUUAUUUACAUACAUUUCCAUUGUGAAAAUGUAUCAAGAGAUCUGUUAAAGUGUUAACAUUGUGUUGCUAUUGACUGUCCUGUUGUCUAAAACUGUUAAAUAGUGGGUUUUUGUACUGUACCUAUUGUAUUUUCUAUUCCAUAUAUUGAUACCAUAUUGGGGAAUGGCAGUGCUUCUGAUUGUGUAAGAGGUGGUUCUGUGAUGUAAUAAAAAGAUUUGCAUUAAAGCA